GAUCCCCGCCGAGGCCCGAGCCCACCCGAGUGUGCCCGAGCGAGUAGCCCCCGCCCGGGGCGAUGGAGCCGGAGCCCGGCGGCGGGGCGGCCGCUGCGCUCCUGCGGCAGAAGAGGGCGGCGCUGCGGCGCAGGGGAUGCAGCUUUGAGAGUCCCAGCACAGCGCCUCAGCCUCCAGGCUUGCUGAUGGAUCCUCUUACCAAGGGGUCCUGUGGGAGUCAGCUGGCACAAACCCUUCUCUGGAAAGCAAAGUCAUCUCUCUCCUUUGGCAUCCAGCCCCUUCAGGCAUGGCCAACAAAAGACCCUGAACUAGAGUCGCAGGUCAACCUCUCUGUCUCAGAAGACCUAGGCUGUAGACGUGGGGAUUUCAGUAGGAAGCAUUAUGGAUCUGUGGAGCUGCUUAUUUCCAGUGAUGCUGAUGGAGCUAUCCAAAGAGCUGGAAGAUUCCGAGUGGAAAAUGGCUCUACAGAUGAGAAUGCAACUGCUCUGCCAGGCACUUGGAGAAGAACAGACGUGCACUUAGAAAACCCAGAAUACCACACCCGAUGGUAUUUCAAGUAUUUUUUAGGACAAGUCCAUCAGAAUUACAUUGGAAACGACACAGAGAAGAGCCCCUUCUUCUUGUCUGUGACCCUUUCCGACCAGAACAAUCAGCGUGUCCCUCAGUACCGUGCAAUUCUGUGGAGGAAAACAGGUACACAGAAAAUAUGCCUUCCCUACAGUCCCACCAAAACACUCUCUGUGAAGUCCAUCUUAAGUGCCAUGAAUCUGGACAAGUUUGAGAAAGGCCCCAGGGAAAUUUUUCAUCCUGAGAUACAAAAGGACUUGCUGGUUCUGGAAGAACAAGAGGGCUCUGUGAAUUUCAAGUUCGGGGUUCUUUUUGCCAAAGAUGGGCAGCUCACAGACGAUGAGAUGUUCAGCAAUGAAAUUGGAAGUGAAGCUUUUCAAAAAUUUUUAAAUCUUCUGGGUGAUACAAUCAUUCUCAAGGGCUGGACAGGCUACCGCGGCGGGCUGGACACCAAAAAUGACACCACAGGGAUCAAUUCAGUGUAUACUGUGUACCAAGGGCACGAGAUCAUGUUCCAUGUUUCCACCAUGUUACCGUAUUCCAAAGAGAACAAACAGCAGGUGGAAAGGAAGCGCCACAUCGGAAACGAUAUCGUCACUAUUGUGUUCCAGGAAGGAGAGGAAUCGUCUCCUGCCUUUAAGCCUUCCAUGAUCCGCUCCCAUUUCACUCAUAUCUUUGCCUUAGUGAGGUAUGACCAGCAAAAUGACAAUUACAGGCUGAAAAUAUUUUCAGAAGAAAGUGUACCACUCUUUGGCCCACCCCUGCCAUCCCCACCGGUGUUUACAGACCACCAGGAAUUCAGGGACUUUUUGCUUGUGAAAUUAAUUAAUGGUGAAAAAGCCACUUUGGAAACACCGACCUUUGCCCAGAAGCGUCGACGUACUCUGGACAUGUUGAUUCGAUCCUUAUACCAGGAUUUGAUGCCAGAUUUGCAUAAGAACAUGCUUAAUCGGCGGUCUUUUAGUGACGUUUUACCUGAGUCACCCAAGUCAGCACGGAAGAAAGAGGAGGCCCGCCAGGCAGAGUUUGUUAGAAUAGGGCAGGCCCUAAAACUGAAGUCCAUCGUGAGAGGGGAUGCCCCAUCAAGCCUGGCAGCUUCAGGGAUGUAUAAAAAAGAGCCCUGGGAGCCCCAGUGUUUCUGCAGUAAUUUCCCUCACGAAGCUGUGUGUGCAGAUCCCUGGGGCCAGGCCUUGCUGGUUUCCACUGAUGCGGGCGUCUUGCUAGUGGAUGAUGGCCUUCCGUCCGUGCCUGUGUUUGACAGAACUCUGCCCGUGAAGCAAAUGCAUGUGCUGGAGACUCUAGACCUUCUGGUUCUCAGAGCAGACAAAGGGAAAGAUGCUCGCCUCUUUGUCUUCCGGCUGAGUGCCGUACAGAAGGGCCUUGAAGGCAGGCAGGCUGGAAGGAGCAGAUCUGACUGCCGAGAAAACAAGCUGGAGAAAACCAAAGGAUGCCACCUGUAUGCUAUUAACACCCACCACAGCCGAGAGCUUAGAAUUGUGGUUGCAAUUCGGAAUAAACUGCUUCUUAUCACAAGGAAACACAAACCUGGGGUGCCUGGUGCCUCCCUGUUAUCUCCCCUGUCAGAGUCUCCUGUUGAAGAAUUCCAGUACAUCAGGGUUAAUUUCGUUGCAGCUAUUGAUGUAUACGAAGACGGAGAAGCUGGCCUGCUUUUGUGUUACAACUACAGUUGCAUCUAUAAAAAGGUUUGCCCCUUUAAUGGUGGCUCUUUUUUGCUUCAACCCUCUGCAUCGGAUUUCCAGUUCUGCUGGAACCAGGCUCCGUAUGCGAUUGUCUGCGCCUUCCCAUACCUCCUGGCCUUCACCACAGACUCCAUGGAGAUCCGCUUGGUGGUGAACGGGAACCUGGUCCACACAUCCGUGGUGCCGCAGCUGCAGCUCGUGGCCUCCAGGUCGGAUAUAUACUUCACAGCAGCCGCAGCUGUGCACGAGGGCUCCUCAGGAGGCAGCUCCAAGGGGACCAGUGCCCAUAAUUCUCCUCAGACGCCCCCGGGCCAAGACACUCCACUCUUUCCUUCUUCCCUGGCGGAAGGUGAAAUCCAGUCUAAAAAUCUGUACAAGAUUCCACUUAGAAACCUCGUGGGCCGAAGCAUUGAGCGACCUCUGAAAUCGCCCUUAGUCUCCAAGGUCAUCACCCCACCCACCUCCAUCAGCCUGGGAAUUGCUGCCAUUCCUGUCACUCAUUCCUUGUCCCUGUCUCGCAUGGAGAUCAAAGAAAUAGCAAGCCGGACCCGCAGGGAACUGCUAGGCCUCUCUGAAGACAGUGGUCCCAGGUCAGAAGGAGCACCAAGGGCCAAAUCCAAAGCCGGAAAACGGUUGGAAGAAAGUCAAGGAGGCCCCAAGCCAGAAACCAGGAAGUCACCUAGUAAUGACAGGAUCCCAUCAGGCCCCUUGGAAACUCCUCCUCCUUCUGAAGCCAACCCUGAGGGGUGUAACCAUUCGACAAGCUCUGACAAGGACCCUGUGGUGGACAGAGAGAGCAGUCCAGGCUCGGGCAGCAGCCCCUUCCAGCUCAUGGCCUCCUUGGAGGAAGACAUCAUUGACUUGAAGUAGAGUCCGAGUCUCAUCACCAUCUUUAGUUUUAUUACACAGGUUUCUACUCCUCAAACAGCUCCAACGUCAUGUCUCAACAAAAGGCGGCUUCCUGCCAGGCAGCAAUCUAUUGGACCAAACCUGCACCCUCAGCCAAUUUGGGUCACUCACUUUCCAGUGUCUGGUGCCAUCGCUCUCCACCUUGUUUAUUUCCGUUCAAGAAUCAUCAGUCCUCCUGUAAUAAAGGUGGUGGAUUUCAUUGACAUUUUAGAUCAAAACUUUCAAUAAAUCGAAAAAUGUUCAUUCUUA